AUGAAUCUAAAUAAUUAUUCUUUUCAACAACAACAACAACAACAACCACAACAUCAUUUCAAUUUUCAACAACAACAACAACAACAACAACAUCAACAACAACAGCCACAACAACAUCAUCAACAACAACAAUCAUUUCACCUAGCUCCACAGCAACAACAACAACAACAACAACAACAACCAAAACCACAACAACCAACAAAGUCUAUAUCAAAAAACUUUAACAUUAGCAGUGGACAAUCAAAAAGUGCCGAAGAAUUUGAAGAUGUACUGGCUUUGUGUUUCAAGUUGAUUGACCCGUCCUCCUUUCAAUCUAAUACAGAUCUAAGGCAUGAAUCAUUUAAUAUAAUAUAUCCUUCCUUCCUUCCUUCUCCAUCUAUCUAUCAGCAUCCAUUCAACUCAUAUAUGAUACAUACUCGUACGACAUACAUCCCAUUGACUUUUAUUCGGUCAGGUGGUUUGGUAUGUAAAUCAUCAACCAUCAACAUUGGUAUAGAUUUAAGGAUUAUUAUUAACUUUGAUUUCUAUAGAAAAACAGUUAUUAGAUGUGCAGUUUUAUCAAUUGGAGCUAUAGCAUGUCAUGAGGAACCAUUGGUAAAUCAAACGAUAACAUUUUUAGCAAAGAUAUUGGAAUUUAAAGGAGAGAAUCUGCAAUACUUGAAAAAGGUAUGCGUUCAAUCAUUGGGAAGAAUAGGGAGACGUUACCCCAUCUAUCAGGAUCUAUUGGUUGGAUUAUUUGAAAAGUAUUUCAGUUUGACCGUUUCAUCCAAGGAAAUUAUUUGUUCCGUGUUGGUUGCAUUUGGUAGAAUGUCACAAACCAAUUCUCAAAUUCGUGUUAUGUGUAUGAAGAGAUGGUUAGAAGCUGUUGAAAAUCCUCAUUACCUUUUGAAAGCUGCUGGUAUUCAUGCAUUAGGAUUUGCAUCUUGUCCAACUGCAAAUAUUGUAAACGAUAAAAAUAUAGAAUCAAUAUGUUAUAGUAAAUCAUUGGAAUUAUUACAAUAUCACAAAAUUGAUGAUUACAAGGGAGAUGAAGAUAACGAUCCAUGGAAGAGAGAAGAGGUGUAUACUGUCCAAGUGGCAGCGUGCAAGGCGUUGGGAUUGUUGGUUCGAUCAAAUGCAAGUGAAUGGUUGCCAAAACUGGCCAAGAUCUUCAAGGUGGUGUUGCAAAACCCUCGAUUCCAGGGUAUUGAGGCCAAGCAAGACGUCCUCGAAAAUGAGACUGGGAGAGUGCAUGCACGUGCUCGAUACGGCCGACAGCAGCUACCAGCAGCUCGUCCACCUCGUGCAGAUGUUCUCGCCGACCGUUUGCGAGGGCAUUCUGGCGCUCAUCAAAAAGCCAACGCUGCUCGACAACCAACAGUUCAAAAAGUCGUUGCGUGA